AUGACGAGAAGUGUUGGGAACUGCGUGCACGACGGGGCUGGACCAAACGGAAAGAGUCCCACUCCGCGCGCCCCUCCCCCCGGCGGGGGCGCGGGCGGGGGAGGGGCGGCCGCGGCCCCUCUCAGAGCGGCCUGCGGGCCCCGGCCCGCGUGGGGUCCCGGGGCGCCCCGCGGCCACGGGCGGCGGGGGCGAGUGCGGGAGGGCCGGCCCCGGGGUGAGGGCAUCCCGAGGGGGGGUGGGGUGGUGAAAGAGCCCCGGCGACCAUCCCUGGGCCAAGGGAGAGCUCAAGGGGGCGGACGAAGCUCCGCGCCCCCCGCCCCCGCCGGCGGCCCCCUCCCCGGCCGCCCGCCGGGACAAUGUGACGCCCCCUCGCCGCCACCCCCGGCGCGCCGCCUCUGUCACCCGCUCCGGCAAGGGGGGGUGGGGAGGAGGGGGUGGGGGGAGGAACUGGAUCCUCCUCCUCCUCCAGGAGAGACACACACAGGCCCCGGGCCGGAGUGGUGGUGGGGAAUCAGAGCAGCAGGAGAGAAACUGUGGGAGACAAACAAGCCCAACUCUUCAUCCUCCUCCUCCUCUCAGCAGCAGCAGCGAGCACCACCAGCCCAUUCACCACCCGGCCCCGGGCCGCAGCACCUCCGCCGCCUCAGCCCGGGGAUCCCUCCGCCCAGGCCCAGACACACUCGCCCGCGCGGGAGCCCGCCGCGCGGCCCCGCCGGCCCGCCGCCGCCGCCGUGCGCGCUCCCGCCGCUCCCGAGAGCCGGGCGAGAGGGACUGGGGCUGGGAAAGCGGGGACGAGGGCGGGGGGAGAGGAGGCGCCGGGGUAGAGGGGCACGGCGAGGUGGGAGGGGGCCGCCGGGCGGAGUUGUACGGCGGCCUGCCCAGGCUCCCGCGCCUCCGCCCGCGGCUCCCGGGACGCACGGGCCCUCCCCGGGGGCGACGGGGCGGCGGCGGGGGGAGCGGCGGGGGCCCGCGGCGGCGCUCGGGCGGGCGGACUACUUGACGUGUCGGUGCGGCGAAUUUAUUUCACUUUGCCUAAGGAACGGGGUGUGCUGCGGCCCCCAUUGCCUAGGGAAAAAACCCGGAUGUAAAGUGAGUGAAACUAAACUAGAGUGA